AUGCGUCUUUCACUCGGCUUUCCUGACUACUUCCGCCGUCGUAGAGGCUACGAUGGCCAAUUGCCCCAUGGUCCGACCUUCAUUAUGCAGGCGGGUGUCGCCGGAGUUGCUAAGCUGACAAUGGACGGAGCUGAUCGAAAAAUAUCCCCUGAUCCCCCUUGGACACUGGAAGUAAGGCUCAGUGGCAUUCUGAAAUGCGAACUGGACAUGAACCCUGACAGUGGAUUGUCAGAGUAUCGAGCCACCAAGACAACAGAGUUGGUGUCUAUGAUGCAUUUCACGGCGACUGACAAUCUUUUCGAUCAGAUGAUGGAGUCAGGAGCCGCAAGUGUGCCAUUCUUCUUCGACCUCAGUCCUUACCUUCAAGAUGGCGGGAUAGACGAGCCACCAAAAUACAACUCAACCCUCUCUAGCCAUUUCACCCCACUUCCUCCGUCCAUCCUUCCGUCGUCACUGGGUUCCCGUCAUAGAGGCAGGACAGGCAACCUGUGCGAAGGAUUCGCGCUAGCUCACGUCUACUACACAAUCACCGCCACGCUGAUGACCGACACGCACACCGUGUGUCGGCGCAGCCAGAGAAUCAAUCUGAUUCCGUUGCUACUGGAAUGCCCUCCCACAUGCCUUGCAGAUUUCGAGGGGGAGUACCAGCCAUGUCAGCGACGGACUUUGAAAGAGUCGAUUUUUUGGAACAGGGGUGAUAUCCAGAUCACGAUCCGGGAGCCAGACCAGUUGACCCUCACGCCUGAUAUCAAUGGGUCUUUUGCGAGACUUCCUGUUCAACUACAGCUGGACUUGCCUAGCUCGUACAAGAUUCCAGCAAACGGUGCGCUAUGCGUCGAGACUGACGUGACAUGGCAGCUCCGAGCGAUAUCCUUCGUCUCGAUCAAGGCUCAAACGCACGUCCCGACCAUUAAAGGGGCUCUUGCAAGCCCAACCAUUGCCCCAGUGGGCACAUCGACUGCGACAAGAACUUCAUCUGUAACCUGGGGGGACUGGACGAUAAUAGAUGGACACUACUCGGCAAAAACCCGUCUGGAGAGUCAUCAAGAGUUGCUCUUGAGCUUUGCAUCCUCGGAUAUCAAGACGCCGACCUUUUGGUCUCCAUAUCUCAGUGUGAGGUUUACUCUUCGGGUACAGUUUCAAGUCAAAGCACCUGGGAUUGCGACAAUCGAGUUGGAAGUACCAAUCCAAGUGGGUGUGGACCAAGAAUCUUUGGAAAGCCACAGACUCGAAAUCGACCAAGGUUUGAGAGAAAAAGGUGGUUACAUAUUGGGGCGUACUUGA